AUGAAACAGCGGGCACUACUUCUCAAGCAUGCCACGCGCAUGUACUGAACUUCCCCAAAGGUUCCCUAGCUGCUUCCUAGCCCUGCCAAGAAACGACAUCACUGCCCUUGAUGAGCAAGAGAUCUUCCUGAUGCUGUCGUCUUCGGCGGUGCCGCAAGACCCUGGCUCUUUGAGGUACCGUUCGGACGACUGGUGUCCAUGUGGAACGAUCUAUAAGAAUCGACUCUCCCCGCCUGUUCGGACGAGCGAUGCUUUAGUUUAUGACCACACGACUGGCAUGGGACGACUGAACCACUGAUUAUGAACGGAAAGCCCGGAACUGAGUCACCUGGGUCUUCGGCUUCAUCUUCCGCUGUCAGUCCUUCGACCUCCCGUGCUAGAGCAAGAUCUUCAAAACGAGAGCAAGUUGUUGCGGCAUGCUACGAGUGUCGCUCGAAGAAAGUCAAGUGCGAUGCGGCUAGACCGGCAUGCGGUCGUUGCAGCUCUCGCUCGCUGAGCUGCUAUUACGAUGUCGAGCCGGAGACAUCGAGGGCUGUCGCGUUGAAGAGAAAACACGAAAGUGUGCAGGAUGAUUUGGAUCGCAUGACGGAGCUUUACGAUUACAUACGGUCUCGUUCGGAAGGCGAAGUUUGGGAUCUUGUUUCGCAGAUCAGACAGACUGCAGAUCCAUUCAAGUUUCUCAAACUCGUUCGAGACCGUAAUGGUGACCUUCCA